AUGUGUUUAAAAUUCAAAAUUGUUUUCUCUUUCAGAUGUCAAACAUAACAAGUCCCCAGCGGUUUUCGGGAACGUUUGACCACUUUUAUGAUGGGCAUUAUGAACCAGAUAUUACAUCCGUCAUGAAGGUUCCAAAGAGAAUACGUGUUACAGGUGAAAAUGAAGAUGACCCAACAGUCAAUUGGGCUCGAUAUAAUGGCCAUAGUGAGAAGCUUGAAAUGAAUGUACCAGACCGGAUUGUUGUGGCAGGUAUGGUGUCGUUACCCGAGAAGCUAGUUGUUGCAGGAGGAGAACAACACAUAGGCACUAGGGGUAUACCUCGUGAGGUGGAAUUAGAGAAGUCUAUCAUGCCUCAGCCAGAUCCUACCUUAUAUAGAGUACAGAACCCCAGCCAAGAAGGUCUUCAUUACAGUUUGCUUCGAUUUUCAAACCCUAGGCCCUAUGUAUCAACCCCUCCAAGAAGCAUAACAUUGGACAGUUACACAUAUCCAAGUGCUGCUGAAGACUUGUCCCCCAGUGAUGAAAAAGAGGGUAGCACCCCUGCUUUGGCCCCAACAGUUUUACCGCACAAUUGUAACACUUAUAUUUCUACUGGUCGUGAUACAGGAACACCGGGACUUACAACAGACCUCAGUCCCAGCGAAGAAGUAUCCUUACUACGGAGGCAGGUUGGUCGUCUUAAUCGGCGCGUAAUGGCUCUAGAGUUGGACACACAGCAGCGUGCACACAGAGAGAUGAUUAUGUACACCUUGGGGGUUGCGUAUUUCAUUAUCAAAGCAAUACUUUGGAUAAACCGAAACUGAAGGAAUUAAUGGUUAUUUUCUGUAUGAAAUUAUCGCUGCCAUUUACUCAGACAGACUUCCCCUGGAUAUUAAAUGGUGCUUGUUGAAGUGCAAAGUUUUUUUUUCUUGUAAUGAGGAUUUUUCUUGUAUUGAGGAUAUUUACUAGCUUAUAUCCCUUUCAUGGCUUGUUAGGGACUCCAAAACUGCAAUUUUUGUUUUUGUACAUGGACUUUAUUUCUUUCUUUUCUUUUUAAAGCUGUGCUCUGCUUAUGAGCAUUAGAGAAGUUCAUCCCAUGUACAUCAUGAUACUCCAAUAUCUGGCAAGUGUUAUUUUUGAAGGUGUCCUUCUGAACCAUAUGAAACAGCACUUGUCAAAAUUAGUGUAAGUGGCUCCAAUAGCUAUUGCAAAUAAUACAGUAAGUCACUUAAUCCUUCAAGUUACACUGCUUCCAAAGGCUGUAAAAUUUUAGUUUGGAGGUAUUCAUGAAAAAUUUCAGUUUGGAAUGAUUGCAGAAAUGGGGCAUUCAUUAAAAUGAUUUUUUGAUAACAGUACAUUUAAUUGUAGGGUUUUUUGUGCUAUGAUAAAAAACAGCUUUUGUAUGCAAAGCCAUUUUUUAUUAUAUAUUUUUAUUCAUAAAGGGCAAGAUGGAAGUAAUCUUUAUUGAGCUUCCACAUGCAGUUAAUGGCCAGUAUAGCUUAAAAUGAGGUAGUAUUAUCUUACAUAUUUGUUUUCACAAGAGACUUGUUGAUGCUGUGUAGUUAGUUACUUAUAAGUAGCUAAAUAGCAAACCUUACAGUGAAUGGCAGACUAAGUUUUAUACAUUUUUUAAUGUUUGGCCAACAAGAAUUUCAGAAUGCUGAAACUAAACACAGAGGCCUCCCUAAUACAAGUUUUAUAAGACAAGUAUUUUGGUAAGCACAAUUCAGCCUUAAUGGAAUUUUAGCAAUGAUGGCAGUUAAAGAGUAUGAGACUCCAAAAUAUAGGUUCCAACAGGGCAUCAUCAUUUAGCACCCAUACAGGGUCCAGUAUAUACCAAAAUGGCCUAUUCAGGCAGUGUUAGCGUUAGGUUUUUAUAAGUUACAGGCAUAUAUUUUUCUUAGAGCCUGUGUGAAGUACUGUAAAUCCAAGGUUAAUUAGAGUUUGCUGUUGCUUGAGUUAUGGUAAGGUAUGUGACAGAAGUUGCAUAAUUCAUAUUUAAGUAACAUUUUCCUUUACUGUUUACUUUUGAGAAAAGUUUUUUGAAAAUGUUGUUAAAGGUCUCAUCAGAAAAUUGUUAAAAAAUUACAUAGUGGUUUGCAAAAUGUAAUCUAGUUUGUUGUUUUUCUCUAAUAACGCAAAUACAUGUAUUGACAUUGUAUGUAGUGGGUAUUGAGAAGGAACUGGAUAACUGAUGAAUAUAUUCAUUUAUCUUUAAAUUUGAGCCAAGAAUUUGUACUUUAUUUCACCUUCUUCCAUUACCAUAACAAAGCAGUGUAGUUGAAAGCCAGUUAUUUUGAGUGAUAGCAAACUUUGUCAAAGGUAUUGUCCUUUACAAAAUGUCUUUUAAUGUUCUCAGUCUAUGUUUUUUAUUAUUAUUAUUUCACGUAGGCAAAGUAUGUUGUGACAAUAUUAAUUUAUAACAUGUUUCAAAGGCUUAAUUUUGGAACUUGAAAAUUUGAAACAACUUGUGGUGCUUUGCCAUUUCAUUAUUUCAUCCAAGGAUCUUAUUUCUUAUACAGAAUAAUAGAUAACUUGUUUUAGAUGGCGAUAAGAUAAAUUCAGUUGUUAACAGCUCCUUUUUUGUUAUACUUUUAAUUUUUCUAGUAGACUCAAUGUUGCAUCCAAGAUUUAUAGUCAAAGAUAUUCAUUAGUAAAAAAAUUAAAUACUAUUUGUAUGGUAUUAGGCUGAUUAACCAUUGAUGGAGAAAGUCAUCAGAGGAUAUCAAUAAAAAUAUCCUUUUUUGAAUCAUUAAAGAAUGUUCUGAUACAUUCAGUGCUCUUUACAAUGAAGUAUCCUCUCCUUCCACACUUAUAUAACAACCAGAUGUAAAUGUAAUCCUUCUGAUUGUCCUACACUCACAUGCUUUUGAUUAUCUUGACUUUUAAAGCUUGCUUAAGAUGAUGACUAUUUCAUAUAAAAGUUGAAUUUAGGUAAGCAUUUGAUUGUCAUUUUUGUUACGGGUAGUAAUGAGUUCAGCAACCUCAAAGAAAUGGCAAUUUUUUUUUUUACACACCCAGUCAGUUUUGGGUUAGUAAAUGCAAAUUCAGUGUAGUAUAGUACAGUACUUGAAUAAUGUAAAACAGCACUGGACAUGCAAGAUUAGAAUAUCAGAACAAAAAUUUGCAUCAUGUUAUGGCUCCACACAGGAGUGCUGUAGUUUUAAUAGAUUAUUCAACCAAGAAUAAUCUAUUAAAACUACAGCAAGAAUUGACAAUUGAAUUAUUUUAUUUUUAUAACAAGAUUUAGUCUGUAAAGUAUAAACCAGUUGCUCAUUGAAAGAAAGCCAAAAUUAUUGAAACUCCAUAGGAACAAUUAUUGCAAGCGCAUUACUAUAUGUAUAUAAAUAUUUAUAUGAAUUUUGUUUUAGGAUUAGUAAACUGCCUACAUUUGCUUCUUAUGGGGUUUUCUAAAAAGAUUCAGAGGAAUGUCACUUGAGAAAUAACUUGACACAUUUCAUCUCACCUGUACUUCUCUGCAUUGCGUUUAUUCUUCAGGUAAGUUAUGUUGAGUAUGGCUGUGGAUGUGCAGAUUUUGCAUAAUCUUGACUGUUGUGAACAUGGAACUGUCGCUGAGCAUUCCAGGGGUACACAACAAAGACAUGUAAAUAAUUUGUGUGUUUUGUGAUAUUUUGAUUUUAUUUUAGUCAUCUUUUAGACCAACUUGUAUUAAGAUGAGAGAAUUGGGUGUGUAUAUUUUAGAGAAUACAUUUUGACAAAUGUUAGUAAUAAAACAUCAUCAGGGGACAGGUGAUAACUAAAUGUAACCUGUAGUUUAUUUGACAGUUACAUUUCAGUGUAUCCAAGAUUCUUUUAUUUGUAUUGUGAAGCUGUAGUUAUGUCAUUGGUGGAAUCUUCCUUGAAAUUCGGGACCAAAUUUUGGUAGCAAAGGUUUGGUAAAGAACUACUGCUGUUAAACAAAAUGUCAAAUAUUUAAGUCAAGAGAUUAGAAUGUUUAUUAUACAUGUAGUAAUCCUUGACUUUUUCAUCACAUUAAUUUUAUUACAGUUUUGUACAUUAUUUUUCAUAAUAUCCCCUUACAGUUUUGUCAACUUUGUAUGCAAGUGCAUUCAUGUAUAAAUUUGAAAUUAUAGGGACAUAGACUAUAUUGAACAGUUACUCUCUCCUCUUGAAGUUAGUAUAGUACUGUACGUAUUUAGAUUGAUCUCAGUUUCUCUAUAUUUAUAAUAUUUUGUUUCAAGUAAUGUGAAGGAGGUAUUGCAUACUCUUGAGACUGAUAUUAACACUAUACUCUUAGGUAAAAUACUGUUAGGUAAACCUAUCAUGCAGAUUUAUAUAUAUAUGUACACAAUAUUGGAAUUUCCUACUUAGAAAAACAAUGUAGUGGAACAUUUCCACCCCACCCUUUUUGAAGGUUCGGUCAGUUCACAAAAUAAAUUUAGCCGACAGUUUUUGAGCAAGUAUGGCUUACUGGUAUCAAAGGAUGAUACACUGAGGAAAUGCUAUUAAUUCUGGUCAUUUGUACUCUUCCUGUUUCUUUCUUGUGAUGGAUGUUACAUAUUCCAAGUUGUUAAAUAAAAGAUCACUGUUGAUAGCAAUUCUUCUUAGGUAAGCCAUUAUUGCUAUUACAAUUUACUGCUUUUAAAAUAUAUUUCUUCGACUAAUUCUGCUGUUUUUCGUGAAAGUUUAAGGAUAUAAUGACAACACUUGACAUGUUGUGAGAAAGUUCUCAUAUGUCAUAGGUGGAACCUUCAUUACAUUUCUCCCCUUAAAUAAGAUGAUUGAAAUUUCCUAGGAAAUGGUGUAAUGACAUUCUGUGUUGUAAUAUGUGUAUAUACUGCUGUAAAUGUUGCUGAAGACUAAACUGAUAUAUUACACUUUGCUCUUAAACUAUUUAUUCAUGCAUAAGUACUUUUUAGUUCCAGCUUAUGAAAGUUGCCAUUAAAACUUAACCUUUUGAAAGUAAAAUACUUUCUAUAAGCAGGGAUUUGCUUGUGGAAGUAUUAUACUGUCGUGUGGUCACGUUAUACUAAGUAUAGUCCAUUUUGUAGUGCCCUUUGAACAAAGAGAACAGUAUGUGAAUAUGGAUAUUGUUGGAUUGUACUCCAGGCGAGUCAUGUAUUUAAUAAACUUUCCAAAACUGU